UUACAAUAGAGAGGUAUAUGUGUGUCAUUCGUAGACGGACAUAAUCUGACGAUUAUUGCACUUUCCACGCCGACGCCGCCGUCUAUUCCAAGACUAUCCGCCUAAACGACCGCGCUGAAUAUUUUAUUUUUCAUAUUUAUUUUUUCAUUUUAUACGACGUCGCUGUUAUAAUACAAAAUACUAUUAAUAUCGUUACUAUAUUUCGAUAUCUCCGCGCAUCAUCUCACAGUCGACUAUUCUGCCACGAGUUAUAUAUUAUAAUAUUAUCACGGUUGUUAUCGUCAUGGCUGGAAAUUGGAGACAUAAUCGAUUACAUCUAUAGCAUCAUACAAUAAUUAUUAUUACUAUGUAGUGUAUCGCGUGUCCGUGUGUAUGUAGCGGGCGCGCUUUUUGUGUGUAUGCGUGCGUGAAAUAAAGAUUUUUAAUAAUUGGAAGUUAUUUAAGCUGUUCGAUUUGACAUCAAUUCGAUGACGACGACGCCCGCCGUGGCCGCUAUGAUGGUGGUGGCGUUGGGUUGCGCGGCGGCGUUCGAAUACGCUCCCGACCUGGCAGGCCAGUACUGUUCGACCAGGCCAAGAGGUUGUUGCAAAGGCCGACAGGACGACUGUACCGUACCUAUUCUGGACACGUUGUGCUACUGCGAUGACUUUUGCAAUCACACCCGGUCCGAAGACUGUUGUCCCGACUUCUUGCCUUUUUGUAAACACAUAAAUGUUCCUUUGCCUCCAGCGCCUAUCAAAAAUUGUUACGCCAAUGGACAGACGUAUAAGUAUGGAGAAACGGUCAAAAUCAAUUGUAACGAAUGCCGAUGUCAAGAAUCCAACGGCAAAACACAGAUGAUGUGCAGCUCCAACGAGUGCCUCGUCGACACGUACAUUUUGGAUACGCUUAGGCACCAAGCGAACCGGUUCGGAUGGUCAGCUGGAAAUUACAGCGAAUUUUGGGGCAGAAGAUACGACGAGGGACUACAAUUGCGGCUUGGUACACUGCAUUCCAAGAGAAAGAUUUUGCAAAUGAAGCCGUUGAAAGCCGCGUUCCAGCGGGGUAAGUUGCGGCGGUCUUACGACGCCCGCGAAGUCUGGGGAAAUUACAUCUCGAGCCCGAUCGACCAGGGCUGGUGCGGCGCGUCCUGGGCCAUAACCACGGUCCAGGUGACCACCGACCGUUUCGGAAUCAUGAGCAAACGCGCGAUCAGCGACGUGUUGUCGCCGCAACACCUGCUGUCGUGCAAUAAUCUCAACCAGCAAGGAUGUCAAGGCGGCCAUUUGACCAGAGCUUGGAAUUGGAUUAGGAAAUUUGGACUGAUCACAGAGGAAUGUUACCCUUGGCAAGGCCGAAUGUCCACGUGCGCGGUGCCGAAAAAGAAGAAAGAGACUAUGGCGCAGUGUCCGAGUCGUGUGAGGUCCAAUAACGACCGUACGACCAAAACUCGACUCCACCGGGUCGGUCCCGUUUACAGGGUGGCCACAGAAGAGGGUAUCAUGCACGAGAUUUUGACCUCAGGACCAGUCCAAGCCGUAAUGAAAGUGUCCAGAGAUUUUUUCAUGUACAAAUCGGGCGUGUACAAAUGUUCGAAUUUGGCGUCCGGAUCGAGAACAGGAUACCACUCAGUGAGGAUCGUUGGUUGGGGUGAAGAGUACCAGGGUGGCAAGAUUGUCAAAUAUUGGAUUGCAUCGAACUCGUGGGGAAGUUGGUGGGGCGAAAACGGAUACUUCCGGAUACUGAAGGGCGUUGACGAGUGCGAGAUCGAAGAUUUCGUCAUUGCCGCGUGGGCGGACAUCGACGACUUUGACGUGACCGGGAAUCCGCUGGGAUAUGACGUGUUCCUGUUGAAUGGUCCAAAGUCAAAUUCCGUUUGAAUGAGCGCCGUGGAACGAAUAACGAACAUAUAACCUGAUCGCGGUCUGAACCAGAUAAUUGGAAACAAAUUCUACUCCACAGCAUCUACAAUCAUGGUGGACCACAAACAUGAAUAUACCUACAUAUAUAUACACGUACGAUGGACAAAAGUAGACAAAAAAAAUAAAUUUAAAAAAAAACAUUUUAUAAACGAACUUCGUUCGGUAUUUAUAAUCGCUACUUAUAUAAUAAUAUAUAUAUAUGUAUAUUGGAUUACCAUAUUUUAAAACAUACCGAUUUGUCCACAAAGUUAUUUACACUUUAACCGAGUCGCACCAAAAUAUGACUGACCAUCUCAAACUCAAAGUUUCGAACCCAACACUUUCUUGUCUUACAAAAAAAAUAUAAAAAAACAUUGGAUCACCGUGACCAAUCCACCCUAGGAGGAUUGCCCACUCUGCAGGUCCGAUAAUAUGUCCACGAAGACGAUGUCUAUUUAGGAUUCAUGAAAGCAUUUAUUGAUUAAUAAUAUAAUUAGUUAGACAAUUCCCAGUAUUGUUUCUUAAAACUAUGGUAAUUCACUAGAGGGCAUCAUUAAAUUAUAUUUACUUAUAACAAAUAGUACCUACUAUAUAUCUAUUCUUUAUAUGUUAACCGUUAAGAUAAAAGCCAAAUGGAAAAAUGUGUUAUACAAAUAUCAAAAUAACAAGCACCAGAAUUCAAUAUAGAAUCUAGAUUGUAUUUACUGCAACGCCACUAACUCUCCAGAAAUUAACUUUGGGGAAAAUAGGUAAAAGAAUUACGUGGAAAUUCUUUGAGCAUAAUUGGAUGAAAAUGAAAAUAGAAGGUACUCCAUGUAAAUUGUACAUUGCGUGAUUAAUAAAAUGAUUAUUUUUUAAAUUUUAACGUAAGAACUGCUUGUCCUACGAUCUUAGGUCAAAGAUAUACAUUUUCUUAAUAGGAUAUUUGUCGUUAAGCAUAUGCUAAAAAAAGUAAAAAUAAUCAGACCACGGAAGAACACGUUCAAAUGAAAUCUGUCAAAGUUAAAAAUGUAUGAAAGGACAUGCAUUUUCAUAUUUUGUUUGAAUCAAUUAACUAUUUUAAAUUUUGUUCAUAUUUUUGAUAACUUGAUCUCUACUUUGGAAGUUAAUUUUGCUUCACAUACGUUCUGUUUAAUUAAUAAAUAUGUAUUAGAAUUUUUUUUUGUCUGAAUUAUUUUAAAAAUAUUUAUUAUUUUGGAUUCAUUAUAAUUAAUAACACUACAUUUCAUGUUGAUAUUAAAUUAAGUUUAAUUAUAUCUAGUAAAAUUUAAGUUAAAAAUGUCCAUUGUUCUAUUGUUUAUGUCCAAAUUUAUUCAUAUUAAUCUGAGCCUAAUCAAUAUAAUUGUAAGAAAACACAUUUUUUUUGUUUUUGACAAACUUAUAAUGUGGAAUGCAAUGCCGUAAAGGAUUAAUUAAGAAUACUAAGUGAGAAAUAUAAAUUUGUAAUUUUAAUACAAAUUAAAUUAAAAUUUUAACACAA